GUAUCACUGUAGUUUGAAUUGAAGUGAAUUGGCGAAAUGAGGUGAUUUGACCAAUUUUAACUUCUGUCACAUUAAUACAAAUGUAUGGACCUACCUAGCCACGGGAGAUCGAUACGAAUCCCAAGGAGUUGCAGAACCAAGUUAUUCAGACACUUUAAUCCCACAGCAAUGGACGGAUCAGAUGAAGAAAAUCCUGAUCAGGAAGAUGCUGUUGAGGAGCAACUGUACAAAGCACAAAGGAUUCAUGUCGAUGUCCUGCUUGAGAUGAGUGAGGAGGCCUUUUUAAAAGAAACUGAGCCACACGAAUAUCAUUGCUACUGUGGUUGGGAAGAGGCUGUGCGGGGCUGGGACAGAGUUGCUCCAGUUAGUUGCAUUCUACUUCCUCAAAAGAAAGACAAGAAACCAAAACCGCGUAAGGACACAACAGACAAUCCUCCCUCCACGCAUGCAGAGACAAUUCAUGGAGACACGUUAGCCAUGAGUGGAGAGCACUGUGGCGAGUCCCAGUCGAGCCCUCAUUACUCGAAGAAAUCCACACCGUCAAGCCAGAAGGCCAUAAUCGAGCCAGAAUCCCCAGAAUGGCAUGCUAUGGAUGGCGCAGAGGAAGACUCGUCGCAUCUGCUCCAUGAAGAGAGGUCGCAUGUCAGUGGGAUUCCUUUGCACCUACAACAUUUACCCUCAAACAUGACAAAGGGCAGGCAACCCAAACCCAUGAAGCGCCAAACUAAAAGCAAAGUUGUUCCCAUUACCAACUUCACAUUUUUACCUCCAAUAAAAUGAUGGGCCAGCCACAGCUCUGCUUUAUAUGCCAUGAA